AUGUCCGGCCUUCGGGUUUGCAAAUAUGUAAUAAUUGAUCAAGAUUCUACGACGGAACGUAAGUCGGAUGCGUGGUCGAGCGUAGCCAAAAUCAUGGAAAUGUUCGCCAACUCGGCAAAGAAAGAAAAACCGCGAGAUCCCCUUGGAGAUGCCGGUGCCAUCGAACUAAUAGUAGAAUUUAUGUGUCUGAAUGACACCCAAUCUCAUCCAUCGGUCGAUUUUCAAUGUCUCAGAGCACUUGCGAACGUUUGCAUUUCGAGUGACACAAAUCGACGGAGAAUUCUGGAUUCCGGUGGCAUCAACGCGUCCCUAGCGUGCAUAAGAAAACAAAAGGAUUUGGAUGUCAUAGGAGGAGCAUGCGCUACACUGCUAAACGUUGGGAUGAACUAUGAUGAUGCCAACAUCAAAAUUGUGGAGUCGGACGGUUUGAUUGUAGUCGCUCACUUAUUGGAACCGGAAAGCAUUUUGGAACGAUACGAUGUGCAUCUGGCUCGAAGGAUCGUUUACUAUGCCACACACGAAGGAAAGAAGAAAAUCGCAGAUAAAGAUGUGGUUGCGUCUUUGGUGCAUCUUCUAUCAUACGCAUCAUCAGAAAAGGCGACGAUCGAUGAUGUGGAUUUAUUAGAAAAUGUGGUGGAAAUCUUGGAGAUCACAUCUCUUGAUAAUGAUGAAAUUCAACAAAUUUUGGUACAAGAUGGGUUAUUUCCUGCUUUGUUGGAUUUUUUAGAAUUUUCUAGAGAGCCACAAGAUCAUGAUGAGCGCAUAGUUAAAUCUUAUGGCGAAUGUAAGGCAGCAGUUUUGAAAAUAGUCGUGGCCACGACGAGUAGUGAUAGAAACAUGAACCCUUUGUUCGAAGAUCCUGUAAUACUUCGUCGCCUGCUCCACUGGAUGAAUUUAGGUCCAGAAAGGGAUGAUCUUCAGAUGUGUGCUGCCCUGUCUUUGGGCAAUCUCGCAAGGAGUGGUACGUUUCACGUUAUCACCACAAGUAAUCUUUUCAUGGUAGCCGAACCUCUUGUAAAUACCUUGAGGACUUCCGAUAAUGUCAAGGUGCAACAUGCUAUCGUCGGUAUACUUAAAAAUUUGUCGCUUCCAGCUCAAAAUAAGGGUCUCAUUGGAUCUCUCUGCGUUAUUGGACUUGCAUCGCCGUUAUUAGAAAAAGAUGAUGUUCAACCUAUUCAAUUAGGAGUUGUAGGGAUCCUCAAAAAUUUGGCCAUCCAGAACGUGGUGAAUUGCAAAAAAGUCAUCUUAGGUGAGAACCCUGAUGAACCCGAAAGACCGCUCACGCGUUUAUUGGGUUUAAUCAAGCGUACCGACCAAGUGGCAGUUAAAAGCGAAGGGACGCGCAUUCUGUUCAACCUUAUCAAAAGCGUUUGGGCUGAGAAUCCGCAUUCCGAUUUAGAAGGAACACCUGUGAGUACCUUGCGUUCUGAAUUAAACAGAAAGGAAGUAGUCCAACCUCUGACGAACAUAAUUACGGAAUCCAAAUAUCCGAUACUUCAAAAUGAAGGAAUAAUGGCUUUAACAUUAUUGGUAAUGGAUGAUUCUGCAGGCGGCGGAGGCAGACAACAAAUGGAGGGUAGAGUCAUGGAGGAGGUUGGUGGUGAAACAGAAUCGGAAAUACUCGAAACUUUGGGUUCCGAUCCUGCGGAAUCUUUAACUAUGCUUGAGGCGUUGCUUGGAAUAUUACAAGGCGGACAACAAGAGGAAAUCAAGAGUAACGUCUGUUCGUUUCUUGAGAAGUCGGCAAGUGCGGCGAAUAGAACUCGUGAGUGUCAAUUCUAA